CAACAACGAGGACACUAACAGCAACAAGAAAAGGAAGAACAAAAGCAAGAAGAAAUAAUGAGAAGAAGAAAGAAAACAAAAGAAAAAUAAGAAGGUGAUGAGGAGGAUGAGAUUUAGAGGCAGCAGAAGAAGAAGAAGACCCUGAGAUCAUAAACGAAGACGAGAAAGAAGAAAAAAGGGACAUAAUUUAACAUUUCGAGCAUGAUCAAUAACUUGUCUCGAUCAAAAGCCUGAUGUCGCCCUCUGCAGACAAAUACAAGUCAUUCAAAAUGGCAGCUUCCAUGGUGCAAAGUGUGACAGAAGACAAGACCAUCAAACAUGAGGUUUUCCCCUCUUUUCUCGAAAGAUAUUUCACUGCAAAAUAUCAGAUCGACACGAAUGGGAAAACAGCUGAAGACUUUUGCAUUCUCCAACAUUCCAACAAAAUAUGCGUGAUAACAGUCGCUGGAGGGCACCCUAUAGUUCGCGACAAGAUGAAAGUUGAAAAGGUCGAUUUUCAAGUGACCGCUAAUACAAAUAGAAUGGACAACAAGGUCAUAGGCAAGAACAAAAAGGGGGCACAGAACCUUCAGAGUGAGUCCAUCCUGUGUAAGGUCCACUGCAGUGGCGGAAAAUCUUACACCAUUUACUCCUGCAUCAAAGGCAAGCUGGUGGAAGUGAAUGAAAUUUUAUUUUCGCAUCCACAAUUACUCGUAGAAAAGCCUAACACGGAGGGCUAUGUGGCCAUUAUCCUCGUUCGACUCUCCGACUACGAUUCGCAAUUCCAGCGGCUGAUUUCUGAAGAUGAGUAUGGCGAAGUUCUUUCAUCGAGGGCCAAUGAGUUAGACCGCCCCGAGACGCUCACGUUAGAAGGAGGCAAACAUGCGGGGAACGAUCCUCCAACUUGAUGCUGGCUGGCUGCCCGGAUGUUACGAGGUCUUAUUGGUUUCCCACGAAGUUUAAGGAUUGAGACGAUCAUAGGCGUACUUGUACAUUUUCACGAGAGGGAUGACACUUUUUGCGCGAAUAUCAACUCUCCAGUUUCCCAAUGUUGACACUCUCUUGUAGUUGAAACAGAAUAAAUUGAAUAUUCGGACACCUCGCGGCGCAAAUAUGAAGAUGAGUUGGUUGAUGCCCGAAUAUCGGAAUUUUAAGAAUGCUAAGGGGGCUGCAGCAUCGUAGUUUUAAAGGUACCAACUCUGCAACAUACCAUAUUUUAUAAUUUUCAUCAUAAAUAUCUAUUAUCAUAUGCCAAAUAUAAUGCGUAUUAUGUAAAAUUUAGACAUACUGUUUAACAUAAAAUUGAUAUUACUUGUGUGCUAAAGAGCUUAUAAACAGUCAUUCGAGACCAAAUAGUACUGUUCUUUGAAAAAUUAAAACGAUUCGCUUGCCUUGUAAAUAUUUUCCCUAUUUCGUUUUCUACUCCGGAAGAAAUGUCUGAUUUUCUUCAGACGUGCUCUGCUGUCUGCCCUUCCACAUUCCUGUAUCGUGAUAACACAUGAACAUCUGCCAAAUGUUAUCUCUUGAUGUAUUUUUGGAUGACCCCUUUUUAUUUAAUGUGUCAAAUUGUAUUGUCUGUCCAUUUACGGGUCCCACUUCAGCCGUUAAGGAUCAUUGGUAUCACCAUCACUAUACUAAAGUGCAACGUAAGGAGAGACAACCCCGAAUAUGAAUAACAGAGAUAAUUAUUGUCGGGAUUCAAUGGCGUAGCUACGCCCCCCCCCCCAAUCGAAUGUCAAAAAAGGAGAGAUAAGAGUGAUGGGAGAGAUUAAGGAAAAGGAAAAAACAAUGACAAAAUAUACAUGUAAGAAGAUAGAUUGCUCGAAAACGCUCUUCAAAGAUUGUAGUAUUAUGUGAAUUAGUAACGUAGAGAGAACUGUUGUAAAAGGUGCAUGGAACGAUUAUCGAAAAUUUCUUUGGGGGCGAUCCUAUCUGUGUCCUUGAUGUAGCGUACAUCAGAGAAGAAAAAGAAAAUGGAGAUAAGAGUAAAAGAUAGAAGACAUUCGGGAAAAGAGACGGAGAGAGUAUGAAUGUGUGUCCGUUUCACUCCCGGCCUAGACAUUAUGACAACUCAAAUGUUGUCCUCUAGUCUAGUACAGAGUUUUCAACCGGGUGCUGCGAGAAUGUUUUGAAAUAACGUCAACUUCAUGGAUACAAAGUAUCAGAAACCGCUAAGUGCCCAAAUAUAUAUCUCACUUCGGGUAUUUUUAUGAAGGAGUAACAUUUCAGAGAUAGUAAAGUGUAUUAUUCCUCGCUCGCUUCUCUCGCUCGCAGGAUUCAGAAACAGGAUAGUUCAGGCAGCGAGGUUCAUGAAUAUCCCCAUAUAUUACAUUGUAAUAAAAAUAUAUCCGGGCAACUCGCUGCCCGAAUAUCGACAUGAUUCGGGCAGCAUAUGGCAUUAUAACCUUAUUGUAUUUUUGUUACCGAAAUUAAAUUUUAUGCUACACCAAAGUGUCUUUUCCCCCCGCUCGCUUCACUUCUCGCAAAAUUGAUAAAUUGGGAUGAUUUCCGGCAACGAGAUGACUGAUCCCACGCUACGCCCUUAUUUGCUAUUUAUUAGUGUUAUUUGACAUCAUUGUUGGAAGGGGUACAAGGGAGGUCUUCCAAUCAGUAACAUAAGCAGAGAUGGAUUUAAUGAAAUAAACUGCAGAAAAGGUUGUGUAAA